AUGUCCUCUCUUCUCUCAGCAGCAGCAGCGCAGGUUGCUGGUCAGGUUAAAAUCCAUGCCAGAACUUCAGCAAGGGCAGCAGCGGUCCAGUGCCAUCAUUACUCGACUAGAUCCAAUAACUCUUCUACACCCGAGCUCAACAAAUUCAGUUCCAAGAUCACACAGCCAAAGUCGCAGGGAGCUUCCCAGGCCAUGUUGUAUGCUACAGGAUUGAAGGAGGCUGACAUGAGCAAAGCCCAGGUCGGCAUCUCCAGUGUUUGGUACGAAGGAAACCCCUGCAAUAUGCACUUGAACGAUCUAUCUGCGAAGGUCAAGGAGGGUGUCCAGAAGGCCGGACUUGUCGGCUACCGCUUCAACACCAUCGGUGUCAGCGACGGUAUCUCCAUGGGAACUUCCGGCAUGAGCUACUCUCUCCAGUCCCGCGACAUCAUCGCCGACUCCAUCGAGACCGUCAUGAGCGGACAGUGGUACGACGCCAACAUCUCCCUCCCCGGAUGCGACAAGAACAUGCCCGGAUGCUUGAUGGCCAUGGGUCGCGUCAACCGCCCUUCCCUCAUGGUCUACGGAGGCACCAUCAAGCCCGGCGCAUCCGCCUGCAGCCAGGGAACCCUCGACAUCGUCUCCGCCUUCCAGUCCUACGGAUCCUACCUCGCCGGAAAAAUCACCGAGACCCAGCGUCAGGACAUUGUCCGUAACUCUUGCCCCGGCGCCGGAGCCUGCGGUGGAAUGUACACCGCCAACACCAUGGCAUCGGCUAUUGAGGCGAUGGGAAUGACCCUUCCUUACAGUUCAUCGACUCCCGCCGAGUACCCCGAGAAGCUUCAGGAGUGCUUGGAUGCCGGAAUGGCGAUCCGCCACUUGCUCGAGAACGACAUCAAGCCACGUGAUAUUAUGACUCGCCAGGCUUUCGAGAACGCCAUGGUUCUCACCAUGAUCUUGGGAGGCUCCACCAAUGCCGUCCUCCACUUGAUUGCCAUUGCCCGCUCCGUCGAUGUCAAGUUGACCAUCGACGACUUCCAGAGCGUCAGUUCCCGCAUCCCCCUUUUGGCCGACUUGAAGCCCUCUGGAAAGUAUGUCAUGGAGGACGUCCACCGUAUCGGAGGCACCCCCGCCAUCUUGAAGUACCUCCUCGAGGAGGGCUUGAUCGACGGAGACUGCUUGACCGUCACCGGAAAGACCAUGAGCGAAAACUUGAAGAACGUCCCUGGUCUGAUCGAGGGUCAGGAUGUCAUCUACCCCCUGACCAAGCCCAUCAAGCCCGAUGGUCACUUGUGCAUCCUCAAGGGUAACCUUGCCCCCCUCGGAUCGGUCGCCAAGAUCACCGGAAAGGAGGGUCUCUUCUUUGAGGGACCCGCCAACGUCUACGACCACGAGUCGGACAUGUUGCGCGGAUUGGAGAACGGCGAGAUCAAGAAGGGCCAGGUCAUCAUUAUCCGCUACUCCGGCCCCAAGGGAGGCCCCGGUAUGCCCGAGAUGUUGACCCCUACCUCUGCCAUUAUGGGCGCUGGACUCGGAAAUGACGUUGCUCUCUUGACCGAUGGUCGCUUCUCUGGAGGAUCCCACGGAUUCAUCAUUGGUCACAUCACGCCCGAGGCCCAGGAGGGAGGCCCCAUUGGUUUGAUCAAUAACGGCGAUAUUAUCACCAUCGAUGCUGACAACAAGACCAUCGAUGUCAAGGUCACCGACGAGGAGAUGACGGCAAGACGGGCCGUCUGGGUUGCACCCCCAUACAAGGCCACCCGCGGCACCCUUUACAAGUACAUCAAAAACGUCAAGAACGCCAGUGAGGGAUGUGUUACCGACGAGUAA